AUGCAUCUACCUUUUAACCUCCCUGAUCCCUCCGCACCCUUCCAGAAAACCCUGGACCUUGCAAAGUUAAACGAGAAAGCCAGAAAAGAGAAGGAGGAACCUAUUCCUCCAGGUGUAGCCUUAUUCCCCCCGGGGUUCUUCUUACCUCUUGAGAAAGUUGAACCAUUGUACCCGCCUACCCCGCCCCCCGUCGUUUUUAUUGGCAAUGUCAUCAAAGCCAAAAUCGACGAAGAGGUUCGUGAGCAUCAGGCUCGGGUGGAAGCAAAGGCGCGCGAAACCGAUGGCCAGGCCGACCAACUUGAACCCCUGUUCGUCAUGCCGCUUCCCGAGGAGAAAACCACGCGCAAGAAGUCUAAGAGAGAGAAGGAAGAAGACGAAAAGAAGGCGAAGGAAAAGCCGAAGAAAGUACUUCCUGAGUAUCCAAUGGUUCAAUACAUGGAUCGAGACGACCAUCCUACCUACAAUGGCCGUUUUCUUAAGCUUCAAAAACGUUGUGGAAAUAUCAGGGUCGUUGGUCCUGAGUAUUGCUUUGGGUUGGCCGAGAGGAACUUUGACGUUGACUACGAGGAUCCUCGUCGCCCACCUCCCCCAACGUCUCGGCCAUUGACUACUAAUUGGCCCGUUAAUCCUCUGGAUGGGCCGCCACCCAAAAAGUCAAAGCCCCGUCCAUUUGUUCCGAAGUUUAAGCCUGACAUAUACGUCGCCAACGUCACUAAAUGGCCAGAAAUUCCCCGUAGUUUUGGAAACCAACAUGAGGACGCUGUUGUUCUUCCAACAGAAUACAAACCCUAUCCCACACUGUUGCGAGCACAGUUAGUUCCUCCUGCUCCAGCAAGUGAAGAACGUGAUGUCGAGAAACGAGAACAACUUGCGAAGCACCUGGACUCGGAAGUGUCGUCUCACCAAGUAGAUCACCUGGCGUCUGACUCAAGUGCUGGUAGUACCAGUGCUGAUUCCUUUCAUACGGCCACCUUGUCAUCAAAUACCACAGAGCGUACUUCAUCUUCCACUCCUUAUUUCCUCCAUCGUACUCCUAAGGCUCGUGACCGCAACGCAAAUGAGCAUGGACAGCUUCAAAAACCGUUCACCCCCUUUGCGACGCCCGCACCCCAAGAUACCUGUAUGCCGUCUGAAAUAAAGUUUUCUCCUCCUGCUGCCUGGUUGCAAUCCAGCACGCCGGACAAGCAUGCACAAGAGUCGCCAUCUUCCCCCCAGAAUUGGGAAUCUGCUGGUUCCAAAACUACUAAAGUUUUCAACAUUGGCGCAGUUGACGCGUCAAAAUUGAAGCUGGGGUCAGAUGCUCGUCUUAAGGACGGCCCAGAGAAUCGUAGAGCCGUCGUUCAGAGGGCACCAUCGACAUCUUCUAGAGUCGUUGAAAACUCAGAAACAGUUACUCCUCCACGUGUGGCACGACCACCCAAAGCGACUCAUACUCGACAAGGCUCCAGACAAGCCAUCUACUUUACCGACGAGCAGAUUGCCGGCGUCGCAUUGGCUUCCAGUCCUUCUCCGCCGACUCCACCGCCAAAGGAUACUCCAUAUCUAGCUCAAAUCCCGCCAUAUAAACCGAAAGAGUCUGAAAUACAAUCGAAGCCGAAUCCUCCUGCUUUCCAAAAGCGCAGCUCUUCGCCGACUCCUGGUCCAAAUCAUGGAACCACCCUUCCCCUCAGAAUACACAAGCGAAAUCCAUCGAAUCCUCUCGCCAAAGAUCCUCGAGAUGUUUUUGACUACGCGAGUGUAACGACAAGCCGUGCAGAGCCUCAGGCAAAACCGCAAGGACCUCCUCCCGUGCUUAGGCACCAUGGCCAUGUGAGGAUAGUUAGACCUCCGUCGCGCAAUGAAUCAUUGCCCAUAAAUGUCAAGAGCAAUGCGAGGCCGUCAACCUCGACGACCAAGUUUAGAACACCAUUGGACCAUGAAAUACGUGCCAAUAGCCACAAUCGCUCCGCCAGUGAAAAGACGAAUAAACCUCAGAGCCACGGAAUUGAAGAGCCACGGCCGGAGUACAAUCGCUCUACGAGUGCCCUCGGCCAUCAUCGUCGCAAUCACUCUGUGGCCCAACCUAGGCCUAUCGCGGACGUGGUCCGCCCUGAUCACAGCCGCUCUUCCAGUGCACUGGGCCACUAUCACGAACAGCUCAGGACUCCAGCAGUUCAUCAUAGGCCGGAAAUGUCACGUUCGCAAUCUCCUUCCAUGUCAACCCCAAAUUAUGGGACGAGGGCGUAUAUGUCAUCCACUACGAGCGGAAGAUCUAAGGCGCUUCCCGGUUCCGGCCACGUUCGUAAUGUCAGUGAAUUUGGAAAUAUCCAAUAUUCUGCCAGUUUUUCUCAUCAAACCCCACCACAUCUAUCUAACACCGCAACGGUUUCUCAACGUCGACCAAGAUGGGCUUGA